AAAAAUUACCACAGCUAAUGUAGAGAAGUUCAUUCUACAGCUUGCCGAGUAAAUUAUACUACUAUUACGAACUGAAGAGGCAAAAGUAGAGAUAACAGACAUUUCCUUGCCAUUUACAGACAGGGGCUUUAACAUCUAUGGACCACAAAGAGAGCAACUGAAGCGCAAGAAAGAAUAUUUCAAGAUGUCUAUGAAAAGCUGGGUUCCUGGUACUCAGUGUGUUGCUAAGAGUGACCACACUAAGCCCAAGCCUGGUGAGUUGGCCUACCGCAAAGGUGACUUUGUGACCAUUAUGGAGGUCAGCCAGACUAAGGGAUUCUAUAUAGCACAACACAACCAGAGUGGCGAAGAAGGACUCAUCUCUGCUAGCAGCGUGCGGGAGAGAGAAGCCAUCCGAGUGGACCCCAAUCUCAGCCUUAUGCCGUGGUUCCAUGGGAAGAUCUCAGGUCCUGUGGCUGUGCAGAAGCUGCGUCCCCCUGAAGAUGGUCUCUUCCUUGUGCGGGAGUCCAUUCGCCACCCCGGAGACUAUGUGCUGUGUGUGAGCUUUCAGAAUGAGAUCAUCCACUACAGAGUCAUGUAUAAGGAUAAUAAGCUGACCAUUGAUAAUGCAGAGUAUUUCUACAACUUGAUAGAUAUGAUUGAGUUCUACAUGAAGAACAAGGGUUCAAUUGCUACCAUUUUAUUAAAGCCCAAGCAAAAAGAAGGUACAAAGUCAGCUGCUGAGCAGCUCUCUAAAGCUGGCUGGCUGCUGGACAUGGAGAAAUUGAUCUUAGGUAACAGUAUCGGAGAGGGAGAGUUUGGGGCUGUAUAUGAAGGUGAAUAUAUGGGCAAAAAGGUGGCAGUGAAAAACAUCAAGUGUGAUGUCACAGCCCAGGCUUUUCUAGAAGAGACUGUUGUCAUGACAAAGCUGCAACACAAGAAUCUUGUGCAGCUACUGGGGGUCAUCUUGCACAAUGGACUUCACAUCGUCACUGAAUUAAUGGCCAAGGGUAACCUAGUGAACUAUCUGAGAUCAAGAGGGCGCUCUGUUGUGGAUGUUAAACAAUUGCUGCGCUUUUCACUAGAUGUUUGUGAAGGGAUGGAGUAUUUGGAGUCCAAAAAACUUGUGCAUCGAGAUUUGGCAGCUCGUAACAUCUUGAUCUCCAGUGAGAACACAGCCAAAAUCAGUGACUUUGGUUUGGCCAAGGCAGAACCUAAAAGCACAGACAAUGCCAAGCUUCCUAUCAAGUGGACAGCCCCAGAGGCUCUCAAGAAAGAGAAAUUUUCAACCCGCUCAGAUGUCUGGAGCUAUGGUAUCCUUCUCUGGGAGAUUUACUCUUAUGGUAGGCAACCAUAUCCCAAGAUGGCUCUAAAAGAUGUUAAGGAGAAAGUUGAGCAGGGUUACCGCAUGGAAGCUCCGGAUGACUGUCCCCCUGUAAUCUAUACUCUGAUGAGGUCCUGCUGGGAGUCCGACCCAAGUAAACGACCAUCUUUCCGGAAGUUGCGUGAAAAACUUGAGAAGGAACACCGUGACUGCAAAUCAACCUCAGGUUCAUGAGGCAGGCCACUGCAGAUAGCAUUAUGGCCACAAACUAAGUUUCUACUAUUAAUUGAGUUGGAACGUUCUGCUUCUAGACUAUGUGACUUUGUAUUUUGAAAAAUGAAGAGUGAACAGUAUACACUACUCUGCUGACUUUCCAAUUCAAUACUAAAGCCUCCUACAAUACUGAAGUCUGAUCACUUGAGAUACACCCAAUGGAUCCAAGUACACAUUUCUGAUCAUCUGCUGCAAAGGUGAUCAGCUUCAAAAUGUUAUGUCACCACUGCAGCCAAAAAUGCUUCAGAGAAAACAUUGUCAGCAGCCAGAACGUCAGCAGAACAUUUUUCACCCGCUAGUUAAAAAUGUUUCAAAGAAGACAUUGUCACUGGACAGAAGUCCAGCAGAACAUACUUCACUGACUUCAGUUGGCCUUGUUUGGACUAUAAAGGUACUGCAAGUCAUAAACAGAGUUGUUUUAUCUGAUGGCCACACUUCCCUGAACUCGUGAUGCAUGCACCCUGAACCAGAUACAUCCACCACCAGAAUCAGUAGUAAUAGAAGAGAGAGUGUCCACUUUCAGUUGACCAGAUGUAAACAAUCCUCUUUGUAACUUGUUUUACUGUUCAAUUACCCACGUGACACAAUAGAUUUGCAUUGUUGAAAACACAUAUACUGUCCAAAUCUAAAUUUACCAAACCCCUGUCUUAGCUACUACCACUUACCUCAGAAUGGUUGGCUGAAACAGAGGAAGGAAAUUAAAAGUUUGCACUUGGAAA